AUGGGGCACAAGAUAGAAUUAGAUGAUGUUCAGAGCCCAAACUCUCAUCAGUGGGAAGAACUGACCAAACCUUUACGUAAUGGUGCUGUAGGCAGUAGGAUAUUGGUGACCACUAGAAAGGAGGAGGUUGUUACUUUAAUGAAAGCAAAUGCUGAAUUGAUGCCUUUGAAGAAGUUAGGUGAAACAUUUUGUUUGUCAUUGUUCUAUUAUCAUGCAAAUAUAGAUGAGAGUAUUGUUUCAAAAGAGUUUCAUGACAUUGGGUUAGAGCUUGUUAAAAGGUGCAAUGGUGGGUUGCCUCUUGCUACAAAGACGUUAGGAAGCCUCAUACAUCUUGAGUUGGAUGAUAGUGAGAGAAAAGAGGUGUCAAAAAUUCGUUAUUUGUGCUUGUUGCAUGCAACCAAGAGUGAUUCCUUGGUAUCUCUUCUCUGCAAUUAUAAAAGAUUACGUAGCUUGACAAUGAUAGAUUCAUUCAAUCGAUUCAUUGGUUCAAUAUUUGAGUCGAUAGUGCAACUGAAAAGCCUAGGGGCAAUAACCUUGUGUCCCGAGUGGACCGUUGGUCUGGAAGAAAUUCCGGAGACGAUAGGUGGAUUGAUACACUUGAGGUAUCUUGAUUUAUCCGGUAAUAAAAUGUUGGAAGAAUUCCCUAGCGCCAUGGGUAGCUUAUACAACCUGCAAACCUUGCGACUUGUUGGUUGCAAGCUUAUCCGAAGAGUAGACGUGGAAAGACUGAUUAACUCGAGGCAUCUUUAUGUUAAACACUGUGAUUCACUGAGGUUAAUUAAAGGGAUUGAGAAAUUAUCACAUCUGCAAAGGUUAGAUGAGUUUCGUCUCCGAGGGAGGAACAAUUUGGAACAUCUGAAAGACUUGAACCAGCUUCAAGGGAGUCUUACUAUUCAGAUUUAUGGGCAUCCCAAGAUGGCAGAUAAUGCAGCUAUACUGGUGAAUAAGCCUCACCUCCUGCAAAUGGAGUUGAAUUUCAUCUCGGCUGAUGAACUCAGUCAAAGAGAAAUUAUGGAUGGCUUACAGCCGCAUGCAUGUUUGGAAUCUUUAUUCAUCUCCUGGUAUAAAGGCGGCACCUUCUCCCAUUGGUUGUCGUCUUUGCACAGCUUGAGAGUCCUCAUCCUUAGAUUUUGCCGAAACAUAAAGACUUUGCCUCUGUUAGGGAAGGAAGAAACUAGCAUCCCUUGA